GCGAACACAACGGACACUGGGAACUUGCUUGGAACAGCGAGCCUCGCCGGGUGCCAAGAUGAGCCUUUACUUGCAGACCUGGAAGGUUUUACAAAUUGUCUUCGCGACAGUUACAGCAGUUCUCUCCCAAGAUUUAAGCAGUAAAGAACUGACAGACGGGAAGAGCCCGGCACCUUUCCCCGUCUUCUUGCCGGUCAACUACGAGGUGCGGGAUGCUGACUACCUCUUCCUGAAGGAGGCUGGGCAAGACUUCAUGAGGAACUCCAGCAUGCAGAGUAAUACCCAGCCCUUUGUUAUUAUACGAGCCAGCGGCCAGCCAGCUGUCAACGCCAGCUAUGGCACCAUGUCCACAGAGAAGACUGUGCCUAUAGACCUGGUCCGGUCUGUGCAGCUCUUUAACGCCCCUGAGGUCUUCACCUUCAACUGGAAAAUCCAGGCCAUCGUGCUGACACCUCGGGUUUUCUCCUCCAAGCCCAAAGUGCGGGUGCUCUUCUAUGUUGCUGGGAGAGACUGGAACAGGGGAGAAGGAGCUGUGGACGAGCUACCAUGUGUGACAGUGUAUGCUUUCUGGCAAACCCAGGAAGUGAGGGGUUCCUGUGCUAUAGGAGGCGAAAGGGGAACUUGCAUGGCGGAGCUGACUCCUGCACCUGGCUGGUUUGCUCCAGGGUCGGAGGGCACAAGCAGGGAGAGGCAGGAUCCAUCUGCAGGGAACCCGGUGGAGCUGUACUACCAGGCCCAGCCCAAAUUUAACGGGAGGUGCAACUCUGUGGAUGGAAGCCUUUGGGGUGCUUCGCAGCAGCAGCAAGCUGAAUAUAUUCCCAUCAGUCCCAUGCAGAGGAUUGACAGCGUGCGUCUUCUGCAGGUGCCCAAAGGAAUGGCGACGCUUUCUCGACUCAAGCUCGGCAAUGCCAUCGUCAUACGGACAUCGUCCAAGCCUCUGAAGAAGACUGACAUCGCCACCUUCUAUAUACUCAUGGCUGGCUCUGCUCAGCUGACCAACUUCACACUCAGAGCGACGGUGAAGAAAGGUGUGACCUUUCGAACGGCGACACCCAGUAACUCUUUACUGUGGGACAUCACUCUGGACAUGGGUGCAGACGGAGCCGUCGCUGUCAUUUGUCAGAGGAAGGCUCCCAUACCUGGGAAAAGGGUUGAAAGUAGUCUACUGGAAGUACUUCAGAUGGAUUUUGAGGUAGAGGAGUUGAGCAGCCCUCUCGACAGUCAGGUGAUCGUUUGGAAGCUGGAGAUGCCCUCCGCAUCCAAAAACGCUGCCAGGACUGAAGGAGCCAUGAGAAUCUAUACCACUCAGAGAGAUUUUGUCGGCCUCGCUCCCCUCGUAAUGGACACAGAGAUUCUGAACACAGCUGUGCUGACCGGAAAGAAGGUGGUGAUGCCUGUGAGGACAGUGGCGGUGGAGGAAGAUGGAGUAGUCACGGACGUGUCUGACUACACAGACUGUAGCUCUACUGAUGAAGAUGUUCUCAAGGUGUCAGACAGGUGCGACUAUGUUUUCGUAAAUGGCAAAGAGACGAAGGGCAAGGUGAAGAUCAUGGUAAACUUCACCUACAGCUACCUGAGCGCUCAGCUUGAACUGAACGUGUGGAUGCCCCAACUCCCCCUCCAGAUCGAGUUGUCAGACACAGAACUGAGCCAGAUCAAAAGCUGGAGGGUACCUAUCAUGACCUCAAAAAGAUCUGGGUGGAACAGUGAAGAGGAUGACCGGAAGGGGAAGGGCUGCAUGCUGCAGUUUCAGCAUGCCCUGGUGCGUGUGCUUACCUAUUUCGUGGCAGAGCAGGCAGAUCCUCGGGACCCUAAGGCCUAUUUCCUGGGGUCUGAUUGGCAGGUGGAUGUCACAAGGUUGGUUCGAUACUUCAUGAAGGUGGAGGACCCACGGGUGGCAAGACUACAAGCAGGAAGGGUGCUUUCAGGGCGAGACCUUGGGACCACUACCGUCCAGGUCUUUUCUCCACUGUCUGAUGCCAUUUUGGCAAAGACAACAAUCAAAGUUGUGGAUGACAAAGUGACCAUCACAGAGCUGAGGGUUCAGCUGGUUACAGGUCUCUCCAUGACCUUACAGCUCAGUCCCGGAAGCAACAGGGCCAUCUUGGCUACCACCACCACACAAGACAUUCUGCAGAGUCCCAAACAGGAAGCUUUGGUCAGUUCCUGGAUACAGUUCAGCGAUGGCAAACAGACACCUCUUGACAUUUACGAUCCAUCCUACUACCGUUUGACAGCAACCUCUCUAGAUCAAGGAGUGGUGUUGGUGCAAGGCACACCUCCAGUUGUGGUGGCAGAAGGAGAGGGUGAAGGGUUCCUGGUCAGAGUAGAGAUGUCCAUCUGUGAGGCCUGCCAGAAGUCCAAACGCAAAAGUACUGUGGCUGUAGGCAACGGAAGCCUCAGGGUCAAGUUUCAAGCAAACACUCGUGGGUCAGAUGGCAGCACUAGCAGUUUCAACAGUAGCACAAGCAAUGACAAGGACAAUGGCAGUGACUCUGGGAAUGAUGGUGAAGAAGCAGAAAGCGUGAGGAGGCAAAGGAAGCCAUCUUGGAGUCCACCCCGCAUUUCAAACUCAGAUACAGAGGACAAUAUCAUGCAGAAAAUUACAACCACCAUCAGGUCUACAGAAAAAACCUUGAUAACCAGUGGCAGCCUCGGAGGAGUGGGAAAGACCAGUAAUUUAGGAAACCCUGGCAGCCCUACCAGUUUGGUCAAUUUUAACCUGAUGAGCAGUCCCAGCGACAGCAGCAAAGCAUAUGGAUCUGACAAUAUGAUAGCAGAGGAUAUGAGCAGUGUUAGCUUUACUAGCACAGUGAAAGCCCCUGGGAAUCUGGUAAACUACAACAAUUUCCCCACAAAGGUGAAGGUACCUGGGCAGGAGACAGCAGAGGUAGAAAUUGGUGGUGAAGAAUUGCUGGCCAACAGGCCACUCACAGACUUGGAGAUUGGUAUGUACGCCCUGUUAGGCGUCUUUUGCCUGGCCAUCUUGGUAUUUCUGGUAAACUGUAUCUCAUACGUAGUUAAGUUCAGGCACAAGAAGCCUCCUUCUCAUGGCCAGGAGCCCACGGGACACCGACAUGACUGGGUAUGGCUCGGCACAGAUGCUGAGCUGGUGAUGAGCGUGCCCGGCAGCCCGGUCCAGCAGGAUUCCCAGACUACAAUGACUGUAAUAGACAUUGGGACCGAUAAGACUACCUCUCUCUCCAGGAGGCCCAGCUGCCUGGCUUCUGUUACGGACUCUCCCAUCAGCUGUGUAGGCUCCCUUAGGAGCAAACCUAUUCAAACUGAGUCUGUCCACUCGCCCACCAGCAAGAGAAAGAGAGUCCAGUUUACCACCUUCUCCACACUAGAUCGCCAGCAUUCACCACAUCUCCCACCCAGGGAGAAUGGCCAUGGCAUCCACUGGGUUGGGAAGGAGGACAGUUGUAUGGAAAAACCUCAAGUGCCCAUCGCAGAGCCUGGGGACCAGUUAUAAUAAGAGAACUUGAUCAGACCUCACAUGUACAUUAGAUGUGGCUUUGAUCACCUCAAUGCCUUUGUCAACUCUGAAUAUGUGACUAUGGAAUUGUCCUCCCUGCAUUUCAUUACCUAUCAAGGCCUUUUACAUGUAUAUGUACUGUAUAUUAUUGUUAAUACCGGAGAGUAGAUGUGAUAAUAUUUCAAAGGGAUGACCAGAUGGAUUCUUAUUUACACAAUGUCUAAAACCACUAAAUAUUAAUGCUGCAUGUGGAUAACUAUCUUCUCUAGAUUUUUGUAUUCACAUGUAUGCUGUGUACCUACACGGCAUACAGUACGUACAAAGAUGCAAAUAAAAGCAUCCCCAAUUACGAGAAUAUAGAACUCAGGCUGACAGAUAAGGAUUCCAGAAUAAAUGUGGCAUUGAUGAAACAUAACACUAACUAAAAUUUAUGUUUUCCUUUAUGUAAUAUACAAACCUCCUUUCUUUGUAAUUUUAAGUUGGUUUAAUUUUUUUCCAUUAAAACACUAUGUUCUUGAA